AUGGAGACCGGCGCGGGAUUGACGUGUCACACGGCGCCGGGGGUGGUGUUCGACACCAUGGACGCGCUGAAGCGACAUUACAAGAGCGAUUGGCACCGGUACAACUUGAAACGAAACGUCGCCGGGUUGCCGGUGGUGGGGAAGGAUUUGUUCGAUCGGGUGAUGCGGCAGGCGGCGGCGCAGGAGGCGGCGACGAAGAAGCAAAGCGAGGGAGGGACCGCGGUCGCGGGCACGGGGCACCUGAAGCGGAAGGAUCAGCUUCCGAGGAGCGUACUCAGGGCGCAACGCUUUGAGAAGUGGGCCGAGGCGCACAAGGAGACGCUGGCAAAGGUGGACGCGUACAUCGCUCGGGGAGAAGAAGUUCCGGAGGAGUUGCUCGAUGAAAUUUCUAGACGUCGAAGCGAAAUGGACGACGACGACGACGUGGACGAGUACGACGGCGAGUGGGAAGAGAUGGACGAGAGCGAGGCGCAGGAGGCGUUGGCGAACAUCGAGCGCGCGGCUCAAGAGGCCGAGAGCAGCGACGAAGACAUGGACACACAAUCGUCGUUUACGAUGGAAGAGUUGACGUACGGACCCGUCCGUUUGGCGGACAACGGAUUUGAGCUUAUCAUCAUCGGUAAGGAUGGGAAAUCAAAGCGUAUCGGGCCGAGAGAGUUCCGCCGUUAUUACAAGCAACGCCAUCGCCCGAACGACGAUCGCGCCUCCGUUGUCGCCAACACUCGGCACAUUGGCGCGCAAGCUAGUGGCGACGCUGCUGGACGUCGUGGUGGGAUGACGCAGCGAGAUUACCCCAGCAUGCCGUCUCAAAUCUCCUUGGUGCACCGCCGAGCCCAGCGCGCGCUGCGCAAGUACCAAGGUGAUCUCAUGGUCAUGGGCGGAAGCGCGAACAAGAAGUUUGACAUGAACGGGCGAAACGCGAAGACCAAGCUCCCUAAGGCGUGUCCGUAUUAG